GACGUAACGAGCGCGCUCUUCUAGCAGUGGCACCGCGCUCGUGCGAGGCUCUGUGCUGAGAAAGUGGCGAGGAAGCGCGUGCACGGGUGAGAAGCGAGGAUGUGCGACAGUAAUGAAACCCCCAGUGCAAGUCGACAAGGGCAAGUCGUCCUCGCAUUUCAAUCUCACUUUUAAAACCGCCGUCCAAUCAAGAUGACUGACGUUUAAAGGAGCUUAUUUUGGUGUCGGGUAUGAUGGAGCUGGGAUCAGAAAGCUGUCACAACUUCAACAGCCGUCACCAGCAGCAGAGACGAGCUGUGACUCAUUCUCCGGAAGAGCAGAAAAAGAUUUACACAGACUGGGCAAAUCACUACCUGGCAAAGUCAGGUCAUAAGCGGUUGAUCAGAGACCUUCAGCAGGACAUAGCAGACGGAGUACUUCUGGCUGAGAUCAUCCAGGUUGUAGCUAACGAGAAGAUCGACGAUAUCAACGGCUACCCUGAAAGCCGCUCUCAAAUGAUUGAGAACAUAGAUGCCUGUCUUGGCUUUUUGGCAGCUAAAGGAGUGAAUAUAAAGGGACUCUGUGCUGAAGAGAUCCGCAGUGGCAAUCUGAAAGCCAUACUGGGCCUGUUUUUCAGCCUAUCACACUACAAACAACAGCAGCAACAUGCAGCGCUGAAACAGGCCAACGACGUGACCCCCAUCCUCCAAACUGCCCGUGUCCGGAGUGCCAGUCCUGCCCAGGGACACUCCCCUUGGUGCACUUCAAAUGCACCCACCUGCAUGGUCCACAUCCAGGAGCACGAGCCACACAGCACCAGUAAAUCUGUGCUCAAGACUCAAGAAGACAUGCAAUCCAGAUUACCAGGUCCAUCGAUCCAGCCCAGGAGAUCCAACAGCAGACGCAGCCAGAGUUUCAUACAUCGUGACGAGUCUAAAACCCCGAUGUUAACCUCCUCGCAGAACACAGAUAAAUCAAGUCCAUCUCCAGUAAUGGUUGACCAAGGAGCUCCUAGUUCUUUUGUUCUUCCAUCGAGCAGCACCACUGGCACCAGUAGCACAAAAGGAUGGAGGAGCAAGUCUCUCAAUGCCAAGCACAGCACCACCUCCUCUUUUCUUUCUAUCAAACAGCCUACCUCAUCUUCUCUGGAGGUUCCUCCCAAAGUCAUUGCCCAAAAGUCCAUGCUAGACAAGCUGAAGCUCUUUAACAGCAGACCCUCAUCUCGAGCAUCCAGUGUCACAUCUCUAGAAGAUCCUGAAGCUUCCAACCCAGAUCUGAAUGAAGCAAAUGUUUGUCCUGUCCAUCCUGAAGCCCAUCUGGUACAUCAGCAACCUGCCAUGGCAAGCCCUUCCAGUCCUAAACUGGCUCUGAAAGGUAUUGCUCAAAGGACGCUGAGUAGGACACUGGUGCCCAAAAUGAAGGCUGCUGAAAAGGAUAAAGAAAAAGUAAAAACAAAAGGUACAAAUAAAACAACAAAACGGUCUUCUGGCAUUGAGCAAGAUCGGAUUAUGGAAGAACGAGAAGUAAUCAGGGCUGAACCUCAAACAUUGGCUGAUGGUAAAAAAUCCAGUUUGAUUCCAAAAGGUACCAAAAGCCAUAGCAAUGCUAAGAAAGAUGGCUCAUCACAGAGUAGUAUACCCAAACCAGGGCAAACCUCUAAGGCCUCAGGGACAGGAAAGAACUCAAUUUCUCUACCUGGUGGAAAAGUGGAGCCUUCUCGUGGUUUUAGACCUGGAGGUGCUGCAGUGGUGCAGAAAUGUCUGAUGGAGGGCAAGAACUCUAACUCUACUUUGAGUUUGCUGACAACAGGACGGCCAAGCCGAAACAGCUCGAGUAGCACAACUCAGACCAGCAAUACAAGCAACAUUCAGCUUCCACAAGCACAGCACAGCCAUCCUAACACAGCUACAGUGGCUCCCUUCAUGUACAGGUCUCAAACAGAUGUCGAUAAGAGUAGUGUCACUGAAGGAGGAGAACAGAAGAAUGAAAAAUCAGUCCUUCUCAGCAGAUCCAUCCACACGUCUCUGGAAAGCCUGAGAGGUGAGGAUUCUGAAAGCAAGAGACUGAGGACAGUAAAGAACAUCGCUGAUUUGAGACAAAACCUGGAGGAAACCAUGUCCAGCCUGAGACAGGUCACUCAUAUCAGUCACAGCACCCUGCAGACGACUUUUGAUGCCUGCAUAACCACAGAGAUCAGCACGAGUGGCUCGCUCACCCUCGCCCCCUGCUCUCUCUCAGCCUCUCCAUGGCGACAGGUUACAUCUGGUCCACGGCUGCAGGCUGGCGACGCCCCCUCAUUAACUAGUGGGUACAGUUCUUGCAAAGCGGAGAUCCUGGAUGGCAUGACAACAGACAGCGCUGGCUACGUGAGUGAUGGAGACAUCCUGGGAAAGAGUGUCAGGGUGGACAGUGUCACCAGUGGCUACAUGACAGAUGGAGGACUGAGUGUGUAUAAACGUCGGACACACAAACACUCCUCCACGCUCCUCCACUGUGAGAGCCAGGCUGACAUUGACAGCUGGGACGACAGCAGUUCAGUCAGCAGUGGGAUCAGCGACGCUCUAGACACAGAUGAACUCAACACCAGCUCGUCUCUCAGCUCCUACGUCAACACUCCAUCUGCUCCACGCAGGGACAUUGAAGAGCAGCUCCAGACAGACGCAGAGAAGCGUUCUGCCAUUGGAUGCAACUCGAUCUGGAACGACGACCUCAGGCGCCCAGACGGCUGCUCGGACCCAGGCAUCGAGAUGGAGACCAGCUCAAAGUGGUGCAACCCAUCUGAUUUUGCAGAUGAAUCAGAGCGCAGUUUGACCGGGCGCAAAGCACAUGGCAUAUCUCAAACAGGUUCUUGGAGGCGAGGCAUGGGUACCCAGUUGGGCAUUACCUGUCCAAGAACUAAAACUCCGAAUGCAACAAACUGCAGUCCACUGAAAAUCCAUAGUAAUGGCAAAACAGACGACGCCAAAGUGUCCGAGAAGAGUCGUUUCUCACCACAGAUACCUACAUAUGAAAGCAAAAAGUUGCCCUCGGGCUCCGGCUCCCACACACCCACCAACACAUUUGGCUUCAAGAAAACCUCCAGUGCAGCAACAAUAACUGCCAGUGGUGCAGUCAUAACAAGUGGCUCUGCCACUCUGGGGAAGAUUCCUAAGUCCAUAGGCUUUGGAUCAUCUCAUCUAGUGGGUAAGCAAACUAGUGUUGAUGAUGGGUACCUUCCACCAAGUACUCGAACCACCCUUCAGUACCGGAGUCUGCCUCGGCCUAGUCGCUCCAACAGCAGCAUGGGCACUACUCGUGUUACCAGUCGCUCCAUUGAUGCUAGCUCCGUUAGCAAAGGCACAGCCACUCUACCCAACCCAAAGAGACGUAACCUGGCCAGGUCUAGUGCCAACCAAACAGACAGAGAGAAGGGAGUUUUCUCGGACACGGAGAGCCUUGCUUCAGGACCACUAAAUAAGGCCAGUGGUGGUGCUCAGUGCCAGUCAGGUAGACAGACAGGAGGGAAGAGCUCAGGUACAUCGUCCCCUACCUUGCGCAGACUCUGUGUGGGUAAACCAGGCACCAAACCGACCCCCAUCACCACCUCUGACAACAUGAAGACCUCCACCAUUAUCUCCAACCCACACACAACUUUCAUGCAAACCUGUACGCUGGAGACACCACCACUUAAUAACGGAAGCACACAUGGUGUCCUGCAUGGGGAAAGUCUACCGGUUACGCAGAACUCAAAAAGCAAUAACAGCAUGAAGGUGUCUCUGUGCAAAGAGGAGAUGCUUUCGGCAUGCCGGGCUGGUCAGUCAGACAGGUAUGCUCACCUGGCACAAGGUCGUGGCACAGAAGACGCACGUGAUUGGAUGAACUGUCAUCCAAAUGGUGGAAUGCAGGACUCAACAGUCUCCUCUCCCUUUUCAUCUGCAUCCACCCUCAGCUCACCUUCUGCAACACGCUUCAACUUCACCAACAUCGGCAGUCCCACCAAUACUGCGCAGAUAAACCUGGCAACCAUGCGGCCCUCUGGCAACCAUUCUAAUCAGGAUGGGUCACAUGAGCAGCACACAGAGUCUCGUCUACGCAAUGCCACAAUUACUCUGGUGGAGAAAAACCGCACCAUGAGCAGCUCUGGGUCUUACCGUGAGGCGCUGGAGGAAGUGCAUGGCUCUUCUCUGUCUCUGGUGUCCAACACGUCUUCUGUCUACUCCACGCCUGAAGAGAAGUCUCAGUCAGAGAUCCGAAAGCUUAGGAGAGAGCUGGAGGCAUCUCAGGAGAAAGUGUCAACGCUCACCACACAGCUAAACGCCAACGCUCACCUGGUAGCAGCAUUUGAGCAGAGCUUGGGCAACAUGACAAUCAGAUUGCAGAGCCUAACCACAACAGCAGAACAGAAGGACACAGAGCUGAAUGAAAUGAGGAAGACCAUCGAGCUGCUAAAGAAGCAGAACACCGUCGCUCAGGCUGCCAUCAGCGGAGUCCUUAACACACCAGAGACCCAGAAGAAAGACUCCUCCAACGGUUCUCCUGUCCCAACAUCAGCAGCAGCUUCAGACCUGCAGAUCCAACGCCAGCCCUCUUCAGACAGCGUAUCUAGCCUCACCAGUCACUCCAGUCUCGAGCUUGAUGCCAACAGCAAAAAGAAGAGGAAGAACUGGCUAAGGAGCUCCUUCAAACAGGCCUUCGGUAAGAAAAAGCCAUCGAAGUCGGCCUCGUCUCAUUCAGACGUCGAGGAGAUGGACGAGUCCUCCAUGCCUUCGUCACCCAGACUACCUUACGGCUGCCACUCCGCUGGGACGUCACUCCUCCGCCACUCACACUCCAACUCACUCCCUCUCCUUUCUUCAUUCUCCAUGUAUGGAAAUGGUUGGGGCUCUAACAGUGCUCCCAUCAGGACCAGCUCUCUGGCACGGAUCUCGGAGUGUACAGACUGUGAGACGGAGACGGUCAUGCAGCUGCGCAGUGAGCUGCGUGAUAAGGAGAUGAAGCUGACUGACAUCAGACUGGAGGCUCUAAGUUCCGCCCAUCAGCUCGACCAGCUCAGAGAAUCCAUGAACCGCAUGCAGGUGGAGAUGGAGAAGCUGAAAUUGGAAAAUGAGCGUCUGAGAGCAACCAGUAGGGGGAGCUGCAGCACAACUACGUCACAAGCAUCUGUGUGUCCUCCGGCCCUCGGCUUGUCCACUCAGUCAAGCCUCACAGAGUCUACUAGCCUAGACAUGCUGCUGGAGGACAGUGGAGAUGGCGGCUCUCGUAAAGAUGGACACCACGUUAAGGUGGUCGUGAGUCUGGACAGAGAUCCGGAGUGGAAAGAGGAGUGCAGGCAACACGACUUCCUGAUCGGCUGCAUCGGCGUCAGCAGUAAAACCAAAUGGGAAGUUCUGGAUGGUGUCGUCCGACGCCUCUUCAAGGAAUACAUUAUCCAUGUAGAUCCAGUCUCACAGCUGGGCCUGAACACAGACAGCGUGCUCAGCUACAGUAUCGGAGACAUUCAGCGCACCAGCGAAGCCGACACGCCGGAGCUGCUGCCCUGUGGCUACCUGGUGGGAGACAGUGACACCAUCUCCGUUAGGCUGAAAGCUGAAGAGGAGCACAGUCAGGAUGCGUUGGUGUUUGAGACACUCAUCCCAAAGCCCAUCCUGCAGCGCUACGUUUCUCAGCUCCAGGAGCACCGGUUCAUCAUUCUUUCUGGACCCUCAGGCACAGGGAAGAGCUUCCUGGCUACGAGGUUGGCGAAGCACGUGGUGCUGAUGGAGGGACACGCACUGAACAAAAAGCUCAUCACAACUUUCAAUGUGGACAACAAGUCCAGCAAGGAGCUGAAGCAGUACCUGUCGAACCUGACUGAGCAGUGCAGCAGCACCGGUAACACUCGGGCCGUGGAGGCACCUCGAGUCAUCAUUGUAGAAAACCUGCACAAUGUCGGAUCUCUGAGCGAGAUCUUCAACGGUCUGCUGAACUGCAAACACCACCGCUGCCCCUAUAUUAUUGGCACUAUGAACCAAACCUCAUCCUCCACAUCCACAAAUCUGCAGCUUCACCAUAACUUCAGAUGGCUCCUUUGUUCCAAUCACACCGAACCAGUGAAGGGCUUCUUAGGUCGUUUUCUGAGGCAGAAGCUUCUAGAAACUGAGAUCAGCAGUCGCACACGUAAUGCCGACCUGGUGAAGAUCAUCGAGUGGAUCCCGAGUGUCUGGGAGCAUCUCAACCGCUUCCUGGAGACACACAGCUCCUCUGACGUCACCAUCGGACCACGCCUCUUCUUGUCCUGUCCCAUGGAUGUUGAGGGUUCUCAGGUGUGGUUUACAGACCUGUGGAACUAUUCCAUCAUUCCCUACAUGCUUGAGGCUGUACGUGAGGGUCUGCAGCUGUACGGCAGAAAGGCAUCAUGGGAGGACCCUGCUCUCUGGGUGUUGGAGAGUUAUCCGUGGCCUCCCGGCCUCCAGAAGCUCCAGUGUCCUACUCUUCUCCGGCUGCGGCGUGAGGACAUUGGAUUUGACGGCUUUCCUAGAGAACCUGGCUCUCAGAGCACAGAGAUCACUCCGGAUGGGGCAGAACGUGACCCGCUGAUGAAUAUGCUAAUGAGGCUAAAGGAGGCGGCUCACUGCUCUGGCCCUCCGAGCGACGACAGCGACUCCCAGCAGCACCAGUGAUGCCGAGGAAGUCUGAGAUCCGUGGCUGGAAUCUACACUGUGAACAACACGGCAAUGUGUCUAACUCUCACAACUGUGUAAUCCGUGUAGGAAGCAUCAAGCAAUUUACUGAUAUCACUGUGGCUUACACUUCAACAUAGGAUUCAUUGCUACUAGAAAGAUGCCGUCGUUUUAACCACGCCCCUUGUUGACUUUUCGUAACAAAUCAGAACUGUUUAAUACAAUGACCUUUGUGACAGUAGAACAGAAAUUGUGCUCUUAAUAUCAAUUUGUGUAGCAAUUUGCACACCCUGUUUCCUCUGAACCUUUUAUACACACAAAGUGCCAUAAAGCUGCCCUGCCUUUAUAACUAGCCAUCAUGCGAGCUUGAAAAUCAGCCUUAGCUCUUGAGUGAAAUUAUGCAAUUCUUGCACGGCGCUUUUGACAUACGGAGAGAGAAAAAAUCCAAAAGACACCUUUAGGAUCAUUCUUUGUUAGCAACAACAUGCUAUCCAGCUAACUUUAAACUGCUAGUCAUGUUAGUGAUUUAAAAUGUACAGAGUUUCUUUGGUGAUUGUUGCAGUCAAAUAUACUUGAUUUUGCAGCAUUCUUUUUCAUCAUUUGUGCUAUUUUUUUUAACUACUUGAAUUAUCUCGUACCAGUGAAGACACACUUAAAGACUUUCAGUUACAGUUUUAUUCAUGUUUAGCACACAUGGAUGGAGGGGAGCUUUGGCUGAUUGCAUGUUGGGAUGAUGUCACACAACAGAAAUUGUUACAGUAUGCAAAUGAAGGCUACAUAUCACAGGGUUAUAGAAUGUUUAAAUGGCAUAUACCACCAUAUUAAGGUUUGUUUAAAAUGCUCAUCAAAAGAUUAUUUGGUUGACCAUAUUAUAAAAUCCCUCCACUUUUUUUUUUUUUUUAAUUUUUCAAAAGAAACUAAAGUCGGAUACAUCUGAGACGUAUACCACGAUGCUGAGUCGAUCCAAAAAGUUUCAUUGAUAAGAAUUUCAUGCAAAGAAGUGUUAAGGAGAGAAUCAACACUGUGUGUGUUCAAAGCAGUCGUUAUAUUUGGGGUGUAGUUUUUAUUUUGGCAAGCGCACACUAGAUGCCGCCACCACCGUGUUUCUAUCUCGAUGCGGUUUCUCAGGACUGCUUUAUGUCACAGCCUCUGUAGUGUCUGCUUCAUUAUUUUCCAGAAAUGCCUUUCAUGACAUCGCAGUUCAUAUAAAAAGCCAUGUUAUACAAUUCAAUAGACUUUUCUUGCACGUUCACAAUCGAUCUUCAUGUCAGCUUCCGUACACAUCUGGAACAUCGUAUGUGGUGCUAGCAUUUCCUAAUGCCUUACUACUUUUGUAUCUACAGCAGAAAUCUUAAAUGCUGGAAAUGUUUACACCAGAUAACCACCUUGAGAGCGUCUUUAAGUGGUAUUUCUUUUGUUGAUAUCUUUGUAAUCAAAGAGAAACAGGAGUUCAUUGAAUACCUGUUGAAGUCAUCAUAAUGGCUGCUUUGUGUUUACAUUGAGAAGCGAGGAAGUGCAAAAGAAGGUGCUGUGUUAUACCUCUCUAAAGAGGGUGAGGGUAGUUUUAAUGCUGGAAUACCUUAAAUCAUUGAUGCUUCCAGUAUAAUGGCACAUUUCUAAUAAUUCCUUUUUUAUCACGAUGCUUUAAAGGAGCAGUUUGUCAUUUUAGAUUCGCUGUGAUUUCAAAUUACAGUAUUCAUGAAUACUGUAUUCUUUUCCAGCUCAGCAAAGCUCCCUCACUUCUUCACCGUCUGUGUCGUACAGUAGAAAUCCAAAAAGAUCUAGAAAUAUUUUCUGGCCCUGAGAAAUAAGCAAACUUCCAAAUAUUAAGAAACGACCCAGGUGCAUUUCUAUCUAUCAUCUAAUAUCACAGAUGAUGAUUUUUUUUUUAGAUUUCAUUGAAAUGGUGUGAUUAUCACUCAGGUCUCAGAACUCUUUCAAAAGUGACAAACUGCUCCUUUAAUCUCUGGGAAUUCACUGAGACGGUGAUAACUGCAUGUUUUGCGAGAGUCUCCUUUGUUUGAAUGAAGAGUUGGAUUGUGUGAAUUGAUUAUGUGAAUUUGCCAGCAAAAAGAGAAAAAGGCCUCUUGUUUUACAUCGUCGUACACAGAAGCACUUUGAAGACACACACACACACACACACACACUCAGCAGACUUGGCACUCUUUCGCCUAAUCUAAAGUCCUCUAAGCCAGAGUGAUUUUCUUUCUCCUGAGCCGAGUGCCGGCGUGUCUAGUGGCCCAAUCUGAAGAAUUAUCCCGCCGUCUAUUUUCACGCAGUUUCAAAGGAGCACUCUGCACUGCCUUUGUUUAGACGUCUGCACUUUGUUCGCUGGAGAAAUGAAGUUUUUCAAGCUGUCAUGUGAUGCACGAUGCCGGACUUGUGAUGGCCAGCUUUUCUCAACGGACCUUUUGAUUAAAGAGACUCUAUGCAAUUUAUCUUUUUUAGUUGUGCUUUCUCAUACUGACGUAUUGUUCAACACAUCUUGUUAGUACUUCUUUUUUCAAACACAUUAGUUUAUUGGUUUUUUUUAUGUUCCGAUGGUAAAUGAAAGCGGAAAGAAAAAACCUGCUCUGUGAAAUGAACGUUAAGUUGUGUAAUGCCAUGUUUUUUAGUUUGUGUAUAAUUUCCCUUGUACAAUAUGUGAGUAAAUUUGAAACCUUCUAUCAGUAAUUGAAGAUGUUGUUUAACAAUUCUUUAAAAUAAAGAGAUGUACAGAUGA